UCCACCGCCACCCCUCCUCUCCUCUCCCCUGACGCCUCUCGCCCAGCUUCAAGCAGAAGUGCGGGCUCAACACUUGCAAACUGCAGCCGGCGGCCAUGAGCGCCUUUUAGCGGGCGGUGACGGCGCCAUGAACCCGGAGGAGCAGACCGUGACGUGGCUGAUCUCGCUGGGGGUGCUGGGCUCCCCCAAGAAGACCAUCGCCGACCCGCAGGAGUUCCUGCAAGCCUCCCUGAAGGAUGGCACCGUCCUGUGCAGGCUGGCAGAGCGCCUGGUGCCGGCCUUCUCUGCCAAGUACUGUUCGGAUCCCCGAAGCGAGGCUGACUGCAUCGGAAACAUUUGGGAGUUUUUACGAGGAUGUUCGUCCUUGAAAGUGGAGGGGUUUGAACCCGAGUGUUUGUACAGCGGGGAGAACUUCGCCAAAGUCUUGACCACUUUGCUGGCCGUCAACUUUGCUACACAAGACAGCGCUGCAGAGAGAUCAUGUCCGCAACCUCAUAGUCAGUCCAGCUCCUCGGCCAAGUCCAAAGGCUCUCUGCGGCGCCAGUCCAAGCCAGCGGAGAUGUCCGAGAACGGGCAGCUGGUGGUGAAGGCCCGCUUCAACUUCAAGCAGAACAACGAGGACGAGCUGUCCUUCAACAAAGGGGACGUGAUCGUGGUGACGCGGCAGGAGGAAGGCGGCUGGUGGGAAGGCAGCCUGGGCGGGAAGAGCGGUUGGUUCCCCAGCAACUACGUGCGCGAGAUCAAGUCCUGCGAGAAGCCAUUGUCUCCUAAAGGAAGCCAGCUGACCAAAAGCUACUACAGCGUGGUGGUUCAGGACAUCUUGGAACACGAGCGAGAGUUUGUCAAAGAGCUGCAGACGCUGCUCACUUGCUACUUGCGACCGUUACAAGCCAGCGACAGGCUGAGCAGUGCAGACAGCGCCACCUUGUGUGGAAACCUGGAGGAGAUACUCACCUUCCAGCAGGGCUUGUGUGCCACCUUAGAGGAAUGUACCAAAGUCCCUGAGGGUCAGCAGCACCUGGCGGGAUGCUACCUGAACGUCUCGUGUCAGAUCAAGUCUCUGUACCUGGCCUACUGCUCCAGCCACCCUUCGGCGGUCUGCAUCCUCACUGACCACAGCGAGGAUCUGGACAAGUGGAUGGAGAGCCAAGGAGCCAGCGCUCCAGGCGUCCUGACGCUCACCAGCAGCCUCAGCAAGCCCUUCAUGAGGCUGGACAAGUACCCCACUCUGCUGCAGGAGCUGGAGAGACACGUGGAGGAAGGCCACCCGGACUUCCCAGACAUGGUCAAGGCGACUGCAGCAUUCAGGAGCUUGGUGGUGCAGUGCCAGGACCUGCGGAAGCGCAAGAACCUGGAGCUCCAGAUCUUGUCAGAGACGGUGCGCGGUUGGGAGGGAGACAGCAUGAAGAGCCUGGGUCACGUGGUCUACAUGUCCCAGGUCCACUUGAGGAGUGGCUCCAGCGAGGACAAGGACGAGCGCUACUUGAUGCUUUUCCCCAACCUUCUGCUGAUGUUGUCCUCCAGUCCACGCAUGAGCGGCUUCAUUUACCAGGGAAGGCUGGCGUUGACUGGCACCACGGUGACGAGGCAUGCGGAGGACGCUGACGGUGCACACUUUGCCUUCGACAUCACAGGAAGCGUGACGGAGCGCCUCACCGUCUUCUGCAGCAGCGCCGGCGAGCUGCAGGAGUGGCUGGAGCACCUGCAGCCGUUUAGUAAAGGCGGCAGCCCCGCCGGCACCAUCUUGAAGAGCGUGGAGAGCAAGUCACUGAGCACGGUGGGCGCCCCCACCCACUUGUCACACCUCGGCAGCUUCAGCGCCACGAGCCGUGGGCCCCUGGAACCGCCUAAAAGCAGCAAGCCCUGGUCGCUCAGCUGCCUGCGCCCAGCGCCGCCCCUUAAGGCGUCCGCCGCCCUGGGCUACAAGGAGAGGAUGUCUUAUAUCAUGAAGGACUCCAGCAAGAGCCCCCGCCCCAUCAAGAAGUUCCUGCCUGGAAACAGGAAGAAGGAGAGGAAGCCUUCUGAUGACGAGCUUCACACCAGGAAAAGCACGGUGGCUCUGGAGGAGGAUGCUCAGAUCCUGAGAGUGAUUGAGGCCUACUGCACAGGAGCCAGCCUGCACUCUGCUACCACAGCGGUACGUAAAGACUGCAGCCCGCAGGUUCUUCUUCCAGAGGAGGAGAAGAUCAUCGUGGAGGAGAUGAAGAGCAACGGCCAGACGGUCAUCGAGGAGAAGAGCUUGGUGGACGCCGUCUACGCCUUAAAGGAUGAAGUCCACGAGCUGAAGAAGGAGAACAAGUGGAUGAAACAGUUCCUGGAGGAGGAGCAGAAGUCCCGCAAAGAACUGGAGAGGGCGGUCCGGAAACUGGCCAAGCAGAAGAACGACUGCACCUGGGAUGAGGGGGUCGGCCAUUGAACGCACGCACACACACACACACACACACACACACAGACACACACACACACACACACACACACACACACGCCACUCCAUAGCAUGUUAUAUUAGCAUAAUGCUAGCUGUCCAAUGAAAGGCUCGUCUAUUGUGUGCAAUCCCGGAAGAUACACACUUCCCAUUGGUCAGCAUCUUUAGCGACUGGACGUGAUGUCAUCACCAGAUCAAGUUAUUUGGAGGGAGAAAAAAAAAAAAGCUUGCAUAUUAUAAGUUAAAAAUACAAAAACGAAAGCUAUUUGUUUUGGCGUUUUCACACGCUUCUGUUACCACGGCAACCAUUUUUACCUUGCGCUGCCAGGACCCUGGUCAGGAUCAGCUUCGAUGUGAUUUUUCACCUUUUGGACUCAUAUCACAGCAUAAUGUUGGGUUCCACCAAACUGCUCCAUAAGAGGCCAGGUGGGCACGCGGAGGCGUGUGGGACUUAUGGGACUCGAACCCGGGUUUGAUUUUUGACCAUUUUUUCCCAAUUUUGCUGACUAUUCCCACAUUUCUCCCCGCCUUCCUGUAUGACUUGGCUUGCAUAUUUUGGACAUCCCGGGACUUGCGCGGCAGGACUAGCGGGACUCGAACUCAGGUGUGAUAUUUGAACAUUUUUCUGAAUUUUGACGUCUAUUCUCAACCCCCCUUCCCGUGUGACUUGGAUGGGCCCAAAAUGUCCAAAACGCGCCCAGAAUUGUCCCAUGGGGUAGGAGGGGGAGAACAUUUGGAAAAGUUGGCAAAAUUCCCCAAAAUGUUUAAAAAUCACACCCGAGUGAGUCCGAGUCACACAAGUCCCGCCGCUGGCUACGAAAGUCCCGGGAUGCCCAAAAUGUCCAAAACGCACCCAGCAAUGUGCCACAAGGAGGGCAAAAGGGGGUCCAAAAAAUGUCCAAAAUACCUACCCAGGUUCAAGUCCCGCAAGUCCUGGGAUGCCCAAACUGUCCAAAACACACCCAGAAUUGUCCCAUGGGGUAGGAGGGGAGAACAUUUGGAAAAGUUGGCAAAAUUCCCCAAAAUGUUUAAAAAUCUCACCCGAGUGAGUCCGAGUCACACAAGUCCCGCCGCUGGCUACAAAAAUCCCGGGAUGCCCAAAAUGUCCAAAACGCACCCAGCAAUGUGCCAGAAGGAAGGGAAAAGGGGGUCCAAAAAAUGUCCAAAAUACCUACCCAGGUUCGAGUCCCGCAAGUCCUGGGAUGCCCAAACUGUCCAAAACGCACCCAGCAAUGUCCCACUGGAAGGCAGGUAGAAAAGUCGGCAAAAGUCCCAAUUUUGUGCAAAAUACUUCCCCGGGUUCCAAUCCCACGAGUCCCGCCAGACGCCGGCAUGUCCAAAAUGUCCAAAACACAGCCAGCAAGGGUGCACAGGAAAGCAGGGAAGAAGAGAGGAAAAGGCGGCCAAAAUGGUCAAAGGUCCCAAUUUUGUCCAAAAUACCUUCAGUCCCACGAGUCCUGGGAUGCAAAAAACGUCCAUAACACACCCAGCUGGGUCCCACGGGGUGGGGGUGGGGGGGUGGUUGUGUUAAAAGUCAGCAAAAGUCCCAAAAAUGUCAGAAAUACCUACCUACCCAGGUUCCAGUCCCACAAGUCGUGCAAGUCCCGGGAUGUCCAAAACGCGCCCAGCCAAGUCUCAAGGGGAGGCGGGUAGGAAAGUGAGAAAAGACACAAAAAUGUUCAAAAAUCACACCCAGGUUCGAUUCCCGCCGCCGGCCGCACGAGUCCCGUGUUUUUUACCAUUCUAACAACACAUGCUGUUCAAAAAGGAUUUAUUUGCUGUCAUAUAUAUAUAUAUAUAUAUAUAUAGUUAUUUUUUCAUAAAAUAGGAAAAUAGAUCCCCACCUGUGCUCUUUAUUAAAAUUAAUGCUGUCAAAUGAUGCAUUUUUUAUAAUCAGAUUAAUCACGAUUCAUUUCGGCAUAGCUCGGUUGGUAGAGUGGCCGUGUCAGCAACUUGAGGGUUGCAGGUUCGAUUCCCGCUUGUACCAUCCUAGUUACUGCCGUUGUGUCCUUGGGCAAGACACUUUACCCACCUGCUCCCAGUGCCACCCACACUGGUUUAAAUGUAACUUAGAUAUUGGGUGACACUAUGUAAAGCGCUUUGAGUCACUUGAGAAAAGCGCUAUAUAAAUAUAAUUCACAUUACAGUUAAUUACUCACUUUAAUUAACUCAAAGACCCCAAUAUUUGGACAAACAUGCACAUUUAUUGUCACAAUGUCAAACUGGAAUAUUUUUCUAAAUGUUUUCCUUAAUUGCGCAUCAUUUAUUUUGUUUGACCUAAAGUCCCGGGUGGCUUUAUUUUGUAAGGAAAUAAACUAGCGAGCAGAAGUCAUUCGUGUAUGAUCACUGACCAGGUCACCCUGAUCGCAGACCAGGUCACCCUGAUCGCAGACCAGGUCACCUGAUCGCCGACCAGGUCUCCUGAUCGCUGACAGUUUUUACACAUUUAAGCAAAAUUGCUUACCUUUGGUGCACCGUGAAACCCUGUCUGCCCCGAGAGACCCAGGUCUUGGAUGUUGACCACAGCGCUCUUACCCAGAUGUUCGUGACGCCAAUUUUAUGUGGUGGCUGGUACGUUGACAACAAUUUUAUGUGGUUGAAGAGUCCCAAUCUUAAACAGGAACAAUAGAGAAUUUGUUACAACAGUUUUAAUUACUCACAAUCAGAUAGUACAAAGUUGGAUUGAAUCGAUAUGAAAACAGACAAUGUCUUAGAACAGGGGUGCCCAUUACGUCGAUCGCGAGCUACCAGUCGACCGCGGGGGGUGUGUCAGUCGAUCUCCAGCCAGGCUUUAAAAAAAAAUAGACCUAAAAAUUAGUGAUUCACAAUCUUCACCAAGACGUCACUUAAAUGACAUUCACGGUACCGGAGGGUCUUGUGAGAUGACGCUGGCUGCUGCAAGAUCAUUAUUGAAGGUAAAGCUGAUAUUUUCAGGUGAUGGAUCACAUGAGUUAACAGCCCUGAAUAAAAUAUACAGUUUAACUAACAUCUGAAAAUAAAGCUUCUUACUUACUCGAAUAAAAUAAAAUAUAUGAUAACUAUAUUUGAGCAAACUAAUGACUUUUGGAUUUUUUGAAACAUAAUUUAUUUAUUGCUUAUUCAUGUAUUUGUGCUUUCUCUUUUUGAGGCGCAAAAAAACCCAGGAAAUAUUCCUAAAUAGGAUUGUGGGCGGUGCAAAAAAAAAAGAAAAAUAAUAUUAGCUCAAAAAAGUAGUUUUUUUAAUGCAAAUAAUUAGAAGUGAGAUGUAUUUAAAAAGUGCCUCCAGACGAGGUUUUCAAGCUAUUGUGCUUAUUUUCUACUGGCGGUGGUCCCGGAGGGUUCUGGAAGGCCAUAGUUGACCUGCUAGAGUUGGCGGCAGAUCAAUAUUUAUGUAGAAAGACAGAUUGUAGACAAUCGUACUGAGUAGGUCCUGAUUUCACGCCACUGUCCGCCGGUGUUUGGUACGACGCUUGCUGUCUGCGAGGAGGCGGCGCUCCACUUCCUGUACAGUUGCUCCGCCCCCUGCAGCCUCGCCGAGCACUUAACUGCAGGGGGGCUCCUUCUUGUCCAAACUAUGCAAUUGUUGUUAAGACUGUUGGUUUGUUUUUCUAAGCACUCUGUACUUUACGGUGCCCUUCUUUUCAUUAAAACAAGAUAUUCUUGGAAAGGAAA